AUGGCAUUAUUCUCAACUAAUCUCAAGCUGCUUGUCAUUCAUCAUGACACCAUUCUUCUUGAUCAAAUUCAACAAAUGUGUGAUCGCUGUAAUUAUCUACUAACCAAAUGCACUUCACCUUUUUAUGCUCUUCAUCUUCUUGCCGAAAGAAAUCUUUAUUUUGAUAUGAUGCUGAUUGAUGUUUGUAUGCCAAACAUGGAUUCAUAUGAGUUUCUUCGAUAUGUAACCCUACAACACAACAUCCCAGUCAUUGUCAUGUCUUCUGAUGUAACAAAUACUUCUGUCAUGAAGUCUAUAAUUCAUGGUGCUUGUGAUUACUGGCUUCAACCUUUAGAUGAAAAACAAUUCAAAACUAUGUGGCAGCAUGUUGUCAGAAAAAGUCCGACUGAAAAUAAAGAACGUGUUGUUCUUGGAUUCUUGAAGGCUCAAAGCCCUAAAGAAGAUGAUGUUGUUGGAAUCAUGAAGGUUCAAAGCCCUAAAGAACAUGAAGUUGUUGGAUUCUUGGAGGCUCCUAAGCAUGAAAGAAAACGGGAGAGAGAAGUCGGUAAUCCUCCAAAAGAAAAAAGUGCAAAAAAGAGUCCGUUAUCAUGGACGCCGCAACUGCAUCAACAGUUUGUAAAUGCUGUUAACCAACUUGGCUUGGAUGAGGCAAAACCUAGAAAGCUUGUCAAAAUUAUGGAUGCUUCUGGUUUAACAAUGGCUCAGGUUGCAAGUCAUUUGCAGAAGUAUAGAAACUAUUUGAAGAGACCAUCUUGUGGAAAAAAGUCAAAGAAAAGUACAAGAAUUGACACUCCAACUGAGUGUAUUAAUAAAACAUCAUUAGAAUCUGAACAUGCUCAGUCCCAAAGUUCUCAACUGAACUCAACCCUUCAAAGAGAUAAUAAUUCUGAAACACAACAACAUUCAACUGAUGUUACUAAUUAUCAAGUCUCUGACACUGGCUACAAUUAUGAAACACAAAAGCAUUCAACAGAUGUUGGCGAUUAUCAAGUCUCUGACAUUAUGAGCAACGAUUUUCCUGAUCCAUUAUCUGACUUGUUCAUAGAUUAUGAUGAGUUAAUAUCGUUAUUAUUAUGA